UCUUUUGACCAGGAGGCCGCUGCCAUCCUCAUGGCCCGCUUGGCCGUCUAUAGGGCUGAGACAGAGGAGGGCCCGGAUGUUCUGCGCUGGUUGGACCGACAGCUCAUCCGCUUGUGCCAGAAAUUUGGAGAUUAUCAUAAAGACGAUCCCAACUCAUUCCGCUUCUCCGAGACGUUCUCAUUGUAUCCUCAGUUUAUGUUCCAUCUGAGGAGGUCUCCAUUCCUGCAAGUGUUCAACAACAGUCCUGAUGAAAGCACCUAUUACAGGCACCAGUUCAUGAGGCAGGACCUGACCCAGUCUCUGAUAAUGGUACAGCCCAUCCUGUAUGCGUAUUCAUUCAAUGGACCACCAGAG